ACCCCAAGGAGCCCCAGAGGCCGCUGGCCCACGAGUGCCUGGGUGAAACCCUCCGUAUCCUGCGCCAGGUCAUCAAUAAAUAUCCACUGCUCAACACCCUGGAGACCCUGACGGCCGCUGGGACCCUCAUCUCCAAAGUCAAGGGUUUCCACUAUGAAUCCAACAAUGAGGCAGACAAGAGGGAGUUCGAGAAGGCUGUGGAGACCAUCGCUGUGUCCUUCAGCAGCACGGUGUCUGAGUUCCUCAUGGGGGAGGUGGACAGCAGCACCAUCCUCUCCAUUCCACCCAGCGACCAGAACCAGACCAUGGAGAGCCUCUAUGGGGGGAUUCCUGGGCCCAGAGGAGAUGGAGUGCCCUCAGGCACGGACAGCUGUGCCACAGCCUGUCCUGCUGCUGAGGAGGUGGAUGUGAUGCUGCAGCGCUGCGAGGGGGGCGUGGAUGCUGCCCUCCAGUACGCCAAAACCAUCUCCAAGUACAUGAAGGACCUGAUGGGAUACAUGGAGAAAAGGAACGUACUGGAGAUAGAUUUUGCCAGAGGGCUCCAGAAGAUGGCAAACAGCUGCAAGCAAACCAUCAGCCAGGAGACCAGCAUGCCUUUCCUGUCCAUCUAUCUGCUGGCCCUGGAGCAGGACAUGGAGCACGGGGCCUCCAUGGUGCAGGCAGCCACCACCCUGCAGCAGCAAACCUUCCUUCAGCCACUGAUGGUGAGACGCCUGGAACAUGAGAAACGCAGGAAGGAGAUCAAGGAGCAGUGGCACCGGGCUCAGAGGAAACUGCAAGAGGCAGAGGGGAACCUGCGCAAGGCCAAGCAGACGUACAUGCAGCGCAGCGAGGAGCACGACAAGGCCAAGUACAUGGCGGUGAAAGCAGAGGAGGAGCAGCAAAACGCGACCAGCAGCACCACCACCAAAACCCUGGACAAGAAAAGGCGGCUGGAAGAGGAAGCCAAGAACAAGGCAGACGAGGCCAUGGCCACGUACCGCACCUGCGUGGCCGAUGCAAACACGCAGAAGCAGGAGCUGGAGGACACCAAGGUGAACUCGCUGCGCCAGAUCCAUGAAGUGAUCAAACAGACUGACCAGGUCAUCAAAUCGGCCACCAUCUCCUUCUACCAGCUGAUGCACAUGCAGACAGCGGCGCUGCCAGUGAAUUUCCAGACGCUGUGUGAGAGCAGCAAGCUCUACGACCCAGGCCAGCAGUACGCGUCCCACGUGCGGCAGCUGCAGCGCGGCGACGAGCCCGACGUGCAGUACGACUUCGAGCCCUACGUGUCCCACAACGCCUGGUCUCCCUUUACUCAGCCACAGAAGGGCAGCUUCAGUGCCAGUGAGUUCUCCACGAGUGCAGAGGGGGCUGGGGCUGCCUCAGAGGGAGCAGCAGCAGCCAAGGAGUCGCCAAGUGGGGCUGGAGCAGCUGAGAGAAGAGGUGGGAGGGGACACCAGGUGCAUAAAUCCUGGCCAACCUCUGUGGCUGAGGCUGACAGCAGCCUGGAUUCCAAUGCAGGUGAAUUCAGCCACAAGCUCCAGAGGCUCUCCUCCAACGGCACCGCGUCCUCCAGCGAGGAGCUGCAGGAGAAGGACGGGACCAGCACCCCCUUUGAGCAGAGCAUCAAUGGGAUCACCCCAGAGCUGGCAGCUCCCACGGGGCCCUUCAGGAACGUUGGUUUGUCCAAGGCUGCCCAGACCCAUCGGCUCAGGAAGCUCCGAGCCCCCUCCAAGUGUCGGGAGUGCAACAGCUACGUGUACUUCCAGGGAGCCGAGUGUGAGGAGUGCUACCUGGCCUGCCACAAGAAGUGCCUGGAGACCUUGGCCAUCCAGUGUGGGCACAAGAAGCUCCAAGGGAAGCUGCAGCUCUUCGGGCAGGACUUCACGAAGGCGUCUCAGGGCAGCUCGGAUGGGAUCCCCUUCAUCGUCAAGAAGUGCAUCUCAGAGAUUGAGAAGAGGGCCCUGAAAACAAAGGGCAUCUACCGAGUUAACGGUGUCAAGACACGUGUGGAGAAGCUUUGCCAGGCCUUUGAGAACGGGAAGGAGCUGGUGGAGCUGUCCCAGGCCUCCCCUCACGACAUCAGCAACGUCCUGAAGCUCUACCUGAGACAGGCCCCUGCAGGCUCCCAGCCCGUGGCUCCUCUUGCCACCAGCCCCUACCUGGAGCGGCCUUCGGACAAAGGGAAUUUGGCUUUCAGCGCUGACUCCCUUGCAGAGUCCGGUGACCGCUCCGUGGACUCUGAUUCAGAGCUGGAGGACAGCGGGGAGCCACGGACACACCUGACCAAGCAGGGCAGUGAGACCAGCACGGAAUGUGACGAGGAGGGGCUGCGGAGCCGGAGCUGCAGCGUGGGCCAGUCCGAUGAUGCAGAGGGCUCUGCUGCCGAGGAGCAAAGCAAUCUGGAGGAACAGGCUGAGAGCAGGGAUGGCACCACCCAGCCUGGCACCUCUGCCACCCCCAGGGAUGGCACCAACUAGCCCAGCACCUCUCGGAGCCACAGCAGCCACGAGCUGCAGCCCUGGCUCAUCUAAGGUACCCCAGACACUGGGAUAGACAAAGGAGCAAAUCUCCAUGGCUGCCCAGAGGCUGGAAACUGGAAUGUGGAGAGGUGGGAAGGACAUGGGGCAGCCCAGGGGGGUUUGGUGUGUCAGCUGCAGGUGAGUCCUGGCUGGAGCUUGCACACAAAACCCCUGAGCCCCUCAGUGCCCAGCUGGAGAACAGGGUCACAGCCAGGGCCAUGAAGGAUUUUUGUCUGGGAGGGAGCUGAGUUUGGGCAAACCCUUGUUCAGGAUUGGGAAGGAACCCAGGGCUGUGCCUGUGGCAGGUGCUUUAUUGCUGUUGUGCUCCCAAAUCCCUGAAUGCCACACCUGUGCUGUGAGAUCGAGGUUGGAGGAGUCAAAGGACCUGCUCAUCCCUGCUGGCUGAGGCUGGAAGGGAGCCAAGGCUUCCAGGAGUGACAUGGGAACAAAAAUCACUCAGGAUGGGCAGGAUGACACAAAAUGGGCAGGAUGAAACCACAGGAGCAGAUGGAACUGAAGGCACCUCACAGGACAGGGACACAGCUGGAGCAGUGCUGGGCUUGGGGUGAAGCCCCUGCACCUUCUCACCCUGAGCCAGGCUUGGCUUUGGGGCUGUGCCAGGAUCUCAGGGAUGUCCCUCACUGACACCUGAUUUAAGCAGGGAUCAGGAUGCAUUUCCUGCCUCAAAACCUCAGCACUGUGGCCCAGGUGAUGGCAUCUUCAUCACUGUUUGGGUUGCCAGGCAUUUGGAUUGACAGGAUUUGGGUUGGUGGGCAUUUGGAUCGGUGGGCAUUUGGAUCGGUGGGCAUUUCCCUCCUUGGCAGGAGACAUGCAAGGAGCAGCCUUAGGGCAGAUUUGCCAGGCUGCAACGUCCUGAGCCCUGCUGAGCUCUCAUGGUUUGAUUUUAUAGUAAUUUCAUCUCCAAAAAGCUGCACUGCAAGUCCAGGACAAUCUCCCUCUGCUCUUGCAACUCUUCCCAAGAGGAAGUGCCUCUUCCUCCUCCUCCUCCUCAGGGCCACCAGGGCCUGGAUCCAGCACAGCCCCAGCCAGUAUAAUCUUGAGCUUCCUUUCCUUUUCUGUAAAGACAUUAAUCAACCCUUCAACGUGACUCCACUACCUCUGCUGGCUAAGGCACUAAACCAAAGUGGUUUCAGUGUUUUUUUUAAAGCUAUGAGAAUUUUCCUGCACUGAGGCACAGAGAGAUAAGUUGAGUUUUAGCUUGGAAUGAGCUGAGAGCCUUUUCCCUCGUUCUCCUGCUUGUGGGAGACAGAGCAGGUUGUGUUGGGAGGGUCUCAGAUACCUUGGUACUGCAGAACCAGGCAAUGGAAAGGAGCUUUGAGCCCUCUGAAGUCGAUGGAGAACCCAUCUCAGCAAAGGUACAGAAACCCAGGUUAACUCACAGGUUUGGAACUGAGCCAGGGAAGAGCUGGACACCUGCAGGAUUGGUUGUGCCCUCCAGCUCUUCCAGAGAUUAGGAUUUUUCAGGGGAACAGCUGGAUUUUUCCAGGGCAGCAGGAGGACGUGGGAAUGCUGCUGCCACGGCGGUACCGCGUGCGUGUGAGGGUGGGUGAGGAUGAUGAGGGUGAGUGUGAGUGAGAGAAGGAGCUAAAGCUGCACUAGAGCUUCCCACAACAGCAGCUCCCUCCAGGUUGUGUGGAUUCUGUGUUUAUCCUGAUGCUGUACAAUGCUGCCUUGCUGUGUUCAUAUUGACAAGCUUCCCAAAAAAAACCAAUAAAACCAGUGUGUUCUGACAUGUGUUUGUCCUGGGCAGCAUGGUUUUCCAGCCAAAUCCAAGUGUUUGUGGCACAAAAAAUGAAGUUUAAAGCACCCCAGAGUCCUGGGAUGAAUUGAAAUGAGUGCAGCUGAAGGUGAUGAGCAACUCUCCAUCAGUGUCUGAACAGCAGGGUCCCAAACCAGAUCAGGGAAGGAAGGAGUUAAAUCUGAACUUCCAAACUGCCCAGAGGAACCAGUGAAAUCUCUGCAGGGCUCAGCCACAGUGCAGAGUCUUGGCA